GAAGGAUCUACUAGUUUACCACCUGCUUCAGUAAUGUACUCGAAUCAAGAUAAAUGCCGCGGUUACGACCAAAAUUCGAAAAAUAAGUUAACUGCUAUGGUUCAAGAGAAAGGUGGUUCACUCAUUGAUACUUUAUCAGCUCAGGGAAUCGGUCAGCUUGAGUAUCCAGUAAAGUGUCCAGUCACCUCAUACUUCUGGUCUGGGUUUACUACUCUACAGUUUGCUGUAGAACACACUUGGCUCCAGAAGAAGAAUUCUUCUCAUUCAAUUCCUCAGAUUCUUCUGGAACAGUUACCUAAACCCCGGUAUUCAGGAAGCACAGAGACAGUUCUCAGAUCAGUUCUACCCUUGUACAUGACAAUUUCAAUAUCUCAGUUCCUGGCCCCAAUGUUGAUGGUUGUUGUGUUGGAGAAGGAAAGGAAGAUCAAGGAGAGCCUCAGUAUGGUCGGGCUCAGAGACUCAGUCUUCUGGCUGUCUUGGUUCUUUGUGUAUGGUAUCCUAAUACUCUGUACCUCAAUCUUAGGAAGUUUGCUGAUGAACUUUAUUGUAUUUAACAACACUUCAUCUUAUCUCCCAGUCCUGUUUGUCCUGAUGUUUGAGUUCGGAUUAUCCAUUAUCAUGUUCGCAUUCGUCAUGACUGCACUUUUCAGUAAAGCCAAGUCUGCUGGCAUAUCUGGAGGGUUAAGCAUUCUCAUCAUCUCUCUCUUCUACUAUCUACAGGUUUAUCUGUCUGAUUCUCCCCCUGGGGUGUUCUGGUUAAUUGGUCUGCUCAGUCCAGCAGCUUUCUCAAUGAGUAUGGAUAAGAUUUUGGUUUUUGAUAUCCGUGGGAUUCCUCUUAGCGUGGAUUCCAUCUGGGAGACGGGAGAGGCAGGGAUUCCUCUAGGUGGAGCUAUGAUUAUGAUUCUAAUUGACAUUGUACUGUACGGUUUCUUGGCGGCUUGGUUGGAUAACAUCAUCCCAACAGAAUAUGGAACUAACCGACCUCCUUGGUUUUGUCUCCUACCUUCCUACUGGACAAAAACAAAACCUAAAAAGGAUCAAAUAGAACAUAGUCAUCAGGGAUAUUCUGGAAUUUACCGUGAAAUCUCGUCUCCGGAUAUAGAAGCAGUUCCUGUGGACAUGCAGCAGAAAGAAGCCAUUGUCAUUGAGGAUCUUCGAAAAGUAUUUGGUGGGUUCAGAAAAACUCCAGUAAAUGCUGUCAAUGGCGUUAGUUUGAAAAUCUACUCUGGAGAGAUAACUGCAAUACUGGGGCAUAACGGUGCAGGGAAGACGACCUUAUUUAAUAUGUUGACCGGAAUGACCUCAGCUAGUGGAGGUUCAGCACACAUUUUUGGAUACGAUAUUAGUGACCCCGACCAGAUGGAGAUAGUGCGCCGAAUGACCGGAAUCUGUCCCCAGCACGAUGUAUUGUUUGACGAGUUGACCCCAAGGGAACAUCUUCAGUACUUCGGAAGAAUCAGGGGAAUAGAAGAAGAAAAUUUGGAAGAAGAAGUAGAAAGUAUACUAAAGGAUAUUGAUCUACUGGACAAAGGAGACAGUAGAACUGAUAAACUAUCAGGGGGACAAAAACGGAAACUCAGUGUCGGAAUAGCUCUGAUUGGAGACCCUAAACUGAUAUUCCUGGACGAGCCAACUGCCGGUGUGGAUCCCUACAGCCGUCGACAUCUCUGGAAUAUACUAAAGAAGAGGAAGGAAGGAAAGGUUAUACUAUUAACCACACACUUCAUGGAUGAAGCAGAUAUUCUUGCUGAUAGAAAAGCGAUCAUUUCUAAGGGAGUAGUACGGUGCUAUGGUUCUUCACUCUUCUUGAAAAACAGAUUUGGAAUCGGAUAUCAUCUCACAAUUGUCCUGAAGAGUGAUGAUGGUUCCUUGAAUAUCCGUAAUAUGGUGAUUAAGCAAGUUCCAGGGGCGCACUUGGCUCGAGAAUAUGGUCGGGAAUUGUCGUUUGUUCUUCCAAGAGAUAAAGUUCAAGUUUUCCCCCAGCUUUUUAGACAGAUCGAGGAAAGUAUUAGAUUGGAUGAUGAGCUAGGAAUCUCAAGCUACGGAGUGUCUAUGACCACCCUGGAGGAGGUUUUCCUUCAUCUCGGAGAACUUGAAGAACAGGGAGAACUUCUUGAUCCAACAGAUAGCCAGGAGGAGUUGCCGAGCAGUGAGAAUUUUAGAAAUUCGUUGAGGCAACUGUCUAUUGGAUCUAUCGGAGAGGAAAACCAGAAUUCUAUCAGCAUGAAAACAAGCAGAACCUUAAAUGGAUUAAAUACUAAAUCUGACGAGGAUGCAGAUGCUGGCUUCAGUUUUGAAUCUGUUCCGACAAAAAAAUCUAACUGGCAAACCUACAAAGCCCUGGUUUAUGUCAGGUUUAUCCGAAAAUUUCGCGAACCCGCCACCAUUAUUGGACAGAUGAUAAUGCCGCUGAUAUUUGUAACAAUUGGAUCAUAUCUCACGGAUUUAGGUGGAAUAGUAGUUGAACAAGAUUCAUCCCUAGAGAUAUCUUCAGAUCUUUACUCAAUAGAUUUCGGUCCAACAUACUUUGCCAUACAGGAUAAUGAGAUCAAUCUGCCGAACUACCUGGACGGACUGGAAAAAUAUUUAGGACAUCCUCUUUACUCUGUGGCGAACAAUGUGUCCUAUCCUGAUAUUCUUGAUCUUGUAGAAACCAGGACAGCGACAGGGAUUUUCAAUCUUCUAAACCUAACAUCCGACAGAGGCCUGGAUAUAAGCACGAACAUAUUCAAUGAUACCGCCCAGCAUGCCUUUCCGGUCAUCAUUAACUCUCUUAGCAGUGCUUACGCAUCUCAAUAUGGGGCAGGUGAUAUAAAUCUGACAAGUCAGCCAUUCCGAUUAAGCUCAUUACCUGCAGGCUUCGAUGGAGGCAGUUUUGGAGGCAGCCUUCUUGUAGGAAUGACAUACAUCUUUGUUCCGAUUGGAUUUGCUAUGGAGCUCAUUGAUGAUAGAGAGUGCCAUGUGAAAAACCAGCUUCGUGUGAAUGGUCUAUCUUUCAUUAUGUAUUAUGGAUCCUUUUACACCGUCUUUGCUGGAAUGCUCAUAACUCUACUCUGUUGCCUGCUGGGUCUAGUGGCAAUAUUUGAUAUUUCUUCCUUGAUGCUUCCACCGGCAUUUUUGGUCUUUGCCAGUUUGUACUUUCUGUACACUGUUCCUUCAACACUGUUUGUAUCCUGUAUAAGCUACCUCUUCGAUACACUGGAGACAGGACAGUUCCUCUUCCCUAUAUCCAGUUAUGCCGGGUUUAUUCCAUUUAUUGGAGUAUUUGUGAGUGAUGCUUUUCAAACUCUGGAUGGUAACUUAGCUUUAGGUCUUCAUAUUCUGUUCUCCUUUAUAUCCCCGAUCUAUAUUCCAUUUGGAGUGAUCUACCAAACCUCUAAAAAGUAUCAAAUCUGCUCUUUCAUGAAAACAUGUGAUUCUCUCACAUUAAGUGACUACAUGGAUACUGAGAUAAUUAUACUCUACGUCGCAAUCCUGUUCCAUACACUGCUAUGGUCAGCUGUUCUCAAGGCGGUGGAUAUUGUUAAGGACGGUGGAAAAGUGACAGAUGCUUUUAAUAAAAGAGGAAAUGAGCAUGAUGAGGAGAAUGUUGAUCAGAUUGCAGAUGAGGAUACGGAGGUUAAACUAGAGAGGGAUAGGGUGGCAGAAUACUUUAUUAACAGAAAAAUUCCUGAGGAAACUCCAGUUAUUGCAGUGCAUGGUUUGAGGAAAGUGUUUACAAGCGGAGUGGAUACUAAACGAUCCUGUCUAAAGAAAAAGGAUUCUGAAGUAUCAAAAAAGAUUGCUGUCCGAAAUCUCUCGAUGAGUGUUAAAUGUGGUGAAGUGUUUGGUUUGCUAGGGCACAAUGGUGCGGGGAAAACUACAACGAUGAGAAUAAUAACUGCUGAGGAGGGAGCUAGUGCUGGAAAAGUUCGGAUUGGUUCUAAAGAGAUUCACUCAAACCAAUCUGACGCCUUCAUGGAGCUUGGUUACUGUCCUCAGUUUGAUGCUCAGUGGAAGACGAUUACAAUCGAGGAACAUUUAGAAGUAUUUGCGGCAAUUAGAGGUGUUCCACCCUCAGCGAUAAACAAUCUUGUUCAGAGGUAUAUGGAUGGGCUGAGAAUAACAGAGCACAGGAAGAAGCUCUCAAAGAACUGUAGUGGGGGCACUAAACGAAAACUAAGCUACGCUAUGGCUAUGCUGGGAAACCCAAAAAUAGUUCUAUUGGAUGAGCCCAGCACUGGAAUGGAUCCACAAUCCAAACGUUUUGUCUGGAACACAAUCCAGGCCAGCUUUAAAAAAGAAAGAGGAGCAGUCCUAACAACUCACUCCAUGGAAGAGGCUGACGCCCUCUGUUCAAGAGUUGGAAUCAUGGUGAAAGGGGAACUCAGAGCCCUGGGAACUACACAGCAGUUAAAGAACAAGUAUGGAGCUGGAUACUUACUGGAGGUCAAAUGGAGGUCGGGAGACAAUCCAGAUUGGGGGGCAUUGGAGGACAGUUUAAAGGAAUAUUUUCCCCUAAUGGAGGUAAAUGAAACCUUCUCUGAUCGACGCAGCUACAAUAUUCCCCAGGAAGGGUUUUCCUCACUAGCUCAAGCUUUCUCCAGGCUAGAGACAUGUAAAUCCGAAUUCCGACUGGAAGACUACAGCUUUUCUCAAACUACCCUAGAACAAGUUUUUAUUGAGUUUGCAAAACAGCAAGAGGCCGAGGACAAGAAGGAUAAAGAGGGUGAUGCUUAGAUAAGGAUGUAAUACUCUCUGAACCUUGAAGAAAUUCAGGAUUCAGACAUAAUUGUCCAAUUCCAUUGUUCAACCAUCUUAGUCGUUUUUUGUAGUAUACUAAUCUACUAGUAUCUAAUUCUUGUUUGUUAACUUAAACCUGCAAUGAUACUCAUGAAAUAUGAAAUUGGGAUACGACAUUUAUGGCAUCUUGUGUGUAAUUAAUGGUAUUCAUAAUUUUACCUGAUGCUUUAAAAUUGACUUAUCUGCAGUCUGCGUCGUAUUUAUUAAUACAGUGAAGACGACUUUUUACUGUUAUUUUGAUAUCUACGAGGCUUUUUAACAGGAGAAACACUAGCAUAUUUACACAAAGGAAAGUUGUCAGUUAACAGCUUCUCAAAGUUUACUUGUUUGUUGAAAAAUCCUGGCUAGUGAUCAAAUCAUUAUAAAUAAAAAGACGUCUUCGUUCUGCCACUGUAGUAAACUGGGUUUGUGUAUAGUGUAAACACUAAGGUGUCAACAGAGGAGAAAUUUCAGAAAAUGGACGCCAUUGCACUAUUUACAGUGCGAGCACUAAUCUAACAUACAGAUAAUUUUCUUCAAAAUUGUCCAGAAAAACUAAAUUAGUUGGAAUUUUUAAAAAAUUCGAAAUUUUUACAGGGUUUGGUAAAAAAUGCACAAUUUUGACGGAUUUUUGUGUUUAGAUAAUUUUGUUAAAAAUAUUUUAACUUAUACUAUUUCCUUAAUCAUAAACGAAGAAAUGAGAACAAUCGCUAUCCUCCCAUCCUUAGUUCUAUUUGUGUUGAGUAUUUCUGUUGUGCUUUUGUAAGAAAUAUUUAAACCUAUAAAAUGUUAAUAAACUUAAUUUGAGAAAAGACUUUCAUAACACUAUUG